CAAAAACUUGGACGAGAUGGCAAAUGCGCUCCGGUCCGGCCACAGUAUCGAUUUCCGCGAUGUUGCAGAGCAGCAGUGGUCGAAGCACAUGAUCACGGAUUGCGCACAGUUCGUGCAGCUGCUGUCCGUGAGCAAAUCCGCGCACAAGAUUCUCGAGAACGUGUUGCCAGUGAACCUGUGCACGCUGCUCGAACGGUCCAAUGGUUCGGACGCGAUCGAACUGGCCACGCAGCUGCUCAAAUACCGUUCCCACCGUGAUGUAAGCGGACAGCACAAUCCUUACGCGACUGCAGUGUGGACAGUGCUGCGCUGCGAACGCAAUUUGCACUCCGCACUGGACCUGCUGGAAAAAACCGAUCCCCGAGGCCACAGUUCGCAAAGAAUCAAGAGGACGGUCACAAAUAAUUCAAGGGCUACCGCCAACACGAAUGGGGCGUCAUCGCGACAUGGUCCACGAGACGCCGAUGGCGUGCCGCUGGACACACGAGCAUGCACGAACUUGCUCUUUUCCAUGUUGUGGGCACAGGAGCAUGCUUUUGCUUCGCGGACCGUCGCCACUGGAGUGGAUUCCGCCCAGCGCACACGGCUUCUGGUCGAAAGCCUGGAGUUGCUUUCGCUGUUGCCGGACAUCCCUCCCGCGGACCUGGGGCGGAUUUGGAGUGGUGAAUUCGCGAAGCUUUUGCAAGUGCCUCCACCAGAACACGACAAAAGCUCAGCUAGUGGCCUUCCCUCCUAUCAAAAUGGUCCAGUGGCUAUCGAAGUAGACUCGGUUCCCCCUCAGGGGGCUUCCUCCUCUUCUGCUUCGUCUUCGUCUGCAAGGGUCUUUGGUAUGCCUGCAGCUGCCUCAUCCUCCGCUUCGGAUCUUGAGUGUUUGCUCGGCGGCGAGCAAGCAGAAUUUACGCCCGAUGCACAGGGAACGAAAUUGACGGUCGCUGUACUACGGCGUAUCCUCUUGCAGCGAAAGGCGGUCGAGACAAAAUGGGCACCGAUCA